CGCGUGUCGCUCACAGUUGCGGACAAGUCUGAGCAGCCCGAGUUGGUGACGGUUGCGGUCGACCUUGGAAUCACUGCGCUACGCCUCGGCACCUGCGCGCUCAUGGUGCACCACGGUUUCGACAAGAUCCAGAACGUCGACGGCUUCUCCGCGAACGUGGUCGCAAAGUUCUUUGGCUUCCUUCCUGGCCCUCCGCAGUUUUGGACCCUGUCGGCCGCCGCCACCCAGAUCGUGGGUGCGGGGUUGCUCAGCGUCGGCGCAUUCUCGCGCCCGACCGCGGCCGCGAUGUCGGCGACGAUGAUCACUGCGGUCGUCUUCCACCUGCUAAACACUGGUGGCGAGGCGUUCCCGCUCGGCAUCCCGAAGGCCCACUCGUACAACUUUGAGCUCGCGGCCAUGUACGUGCUCGUGCUCGGUUAUUUCACCGUCAACGGCGCGGGCAAGUACUCUGUC